UUUAGCUCCAAGAUCACACAGUGCUGGGAACCUGCAGACCUGAAGUACAGCAGCUCACAUCUCACACACACUUUAUUUAUUUAUUUAUUUCUGUUCCUCUUCCUUGAUUAUUUCUAGACAGCCUGAUCCAUGCAGCUCUGUGCAUGUAAGGAGGGGGAAGGGAGAUCUGCUGGAGUGAGCCGAUUGCCUGCAAGCAUUCACUGGGCUGCUGCUGUUUUAUUCAUGCUUCUCCCAACAGUGGGCUGCUUGUAAUAUGCUCACUAGGGUGAAAUCUGCUGUGGCCAAUUUCAUGGGAGGAAUCAUGGCUGGAAACUCUGGAACUGAUCAUGCCAACAGUGCUGAUUUGCCAUUCAGGUUCCCAUAUGUUAGACCUGAGUUCCUUGGUCUCUCCCAGGAUGAAAUUGAGUGCUCAGCUGACCACAUCGCCAGACCUAUCCUCAUAUUAAAGGAGACCAAAAGGUUGCCAUGGACCACAGGCUAUGCAGAGGUGAUAAAUGCUGGUAAGAGCACACACAACGAGGAUCAGGCUAGCUGUGAGGUUAUGUUUGUAAAGAAGAAAAGUGGAGUCCAGUCUACUCCCAGCAAGACCUCUUCAACCAAACGUCGAUCAUCUCUGCCAAACGGAGAGGGACUGCAAUUGAAGGAUAACACGGAAGUUGAUGGAAUAACUUUCCAAUACUGGGCAUUGUUUGAUGGUCACGCCGGAGCUGGAGCGGCAGUUGUAGCAUCCAAGCUACUUCAACACCAUAUCACGGAGCAAUUGCAGGACAUUAUAGAUAUCUUGAAAAGCUCAGCUGUUUUACCACCUACCUGCAUGGGGGAAGAUCCAGAAACUGUUUCAACCAAUAGCCGGACUUUGACAAGGGCAGCUUCUCUGCGUGGAGCUGCAGGUGCUCCAGGCUCACCAUGUACUCCACAAACACGUUUCUUUACAGAGAAGAAGAUUCCACAUGAGUGUCUUGUCAUAGGAGCUCUUGAAAAUGCCUUCAAGGAAAUGGAUCUGCAAAUUGAACGUGAAAAAAGCUGUUAUAAUAUAUCUGGAGGCUGCACCGCACUUAUUGUGAUUUAUUUAUUGGGCAAACUCUAUGUAGCCAAUGCUGGUGAUAGUAGGGCUAUAAUCAUUAGAAAUGGAGAAAUCAUUCCAGUGUCUUCAGAAUUUACUCCAGAAACGGAACGCCAGCGCCUCCAGUAUCUAGCUUUUCUUCAGCCCCACCUGCUCGGGAAUGAGUUUACACAUUUAGAAUUUCCUAGAAGAGUGCAACGUAAGGAACUUGGAAAGAUGAUGCUCUACAGGGAUUUUAACAUGACUGGAUGGGCGUACAAAACCAUAGAGGAAGAAGACUUAAAGUUUCCUCUUAUAUAUGGAGAAGGUAAAAAGGCACGUGUGAUGGCCACAAUUGGCGUGACCAGAGGUCUUGGCGACCAUGACUUGAAAGUCCACGAUUCCAAUAUAUUCAUUAAACCUUUCCUUUCCUCUGUUCCUGAAGUGAGAGUUUACAAUCUAGCACAGUAUGAGCACAGUGCUGACGAUGUGUUGGUUUUGGCCACGGAUGGUCUGUGGGAUGUACUGUCAAAUGAAGAAGUCUCAGAAGCUGUUACAAAUUUUUUAGCAAAUUGUGACCCCGAUGACCCUCACAGAUACACACUGGCAGCUCAGGAUCUUGUGAUGCGGGCAAGAGGAGUACUGAAAGACAGAGGCUGGAGAAUUUCCAACGACAGGCUGGGUUCAGGAGAUGAUAUCUCCGUUUACGUCAUACCUUUAGCACAUGGCAAUAGACUAGUAUGAGCUCAGCUAUUUCAUGUCGUAAAUAGUUGAGGACAUGGUCAGUUUUCUAUUGGUGAUGUACUGUUAGAAUAUUGUAAAUGGAAACAUGGAGGAAUUUGGGCAUUGAGUAUUCUUUAAUAUAAACCAUUCCAUAACUUGUACAUUUGAAUCUCAUACAGUGUAUAUUUAAAUGCUGCUAUCAUUCUGUGAUUCAUUGUGUUGUUCACUGUUGUUACCCAGCCCAUUUAUUGAUUUUGUGUUUUGUUUAAAUGUGAAUUAUUUUCACUGUUUUACGAACAUAAUUAAAACCGCUGCUUGCAAUACAUCCAAAAUGUAUUGAAAGAUGGCAUGGUUUGAACGGGGACUAAAGAUAUUUAAACCAUUGUAUCCGUUCACAAACUUAGGUCUUGUGAAUAUUAUAUGUUUCUUAAUUUUCUUGUCACUGAGAACAUUCAUCUUGAAUGCAAUUGCCUAAUCUCUUGACAUUAAUUAACUCCAUAUUUGCCAAUACUUUUGUAAAAGCUGAUUUUCCAUAACAUACUCACAUGCUGUGGAAAAGUGAGCAAUAGGGUGGUAAACCCAUGACAAAGUAUAGAAAGUUAAGUUGUGUUUUACACAGCAUUCAGAAAGAUAAACUCCAAAUAAUUACUUAAAAUAUCUCUAAGAAUUUCUGAAGUUAAAUGCAAUAAGUCAGAGACCUCAAAUGGGGAAAUAUCUGCUUUAAAUUUCAGAAUGUGCCUCCGAUAAUUUGUUUUAUAAUUUUUUUUUCUUCUGAUAAAAUAGCACUACAUAUAUGGACCCAAGACAAAUCACUGGUUAUUAUUGAUUCUUAAAGGGACACUAUAGUACCUAAAACAACUUUUGCUUAAUUAAGCCGUUUUGGUGUAUAGAUCAUGCCCCUACAAUCGCAAUGCUCAAUUAUUUGCCAUUUAGGAGUAAAAUGACUUUUGUUUCUGUUGAUGCAGCCUUAGUCACACCUCCCAUGAUUAAGACAAGCAAAGCCAACAUGAAAAAAAGGUUUAUUUUUUAUUCAGAACUUGUUUUAGAAGUUUAUAUAUCCUGCUCUAUAAAUUGAACUUUAAUCACAAACAGGAUUGUGGAUCUCACUUUACAGGAAGUAUUUAGGAAGGCU